AGGUCAUGCUACUUGAUGAGCCAACGACAGGGCUGGACUGCCUGACUGCAAACCAGAUUGUCUCGCUGCUCUCAGAGCUUGCACACAGAGACAGGAUUGUGAUUAUUACGAUUCAUCAGCCUCGCUCAGAACUCUUCAGGUUAUUUGACAAAAUAGCCAUCAUGAGCUUUGGAGAAAUGGUUUUCUGUGGGAAUCCUAUGGAAAUGAUUACAUUUUUUAGCAACUGCGGCUAUUCUUGUCCUGAGCAAUCAAAUCCUUUUGACUUCUAUGUGGAUCUGACAUCUGUGGACACCCGAAGCAAGGAACGUGAACUUGAAACCUACAGUAGGGUUCAGCUAAUUGUAUCAGCCUACAAAAACUCGGAGAUCUUUAGCAAAGUACUGGCAGCCAUUGAAAGAAUAAAGUGUAUGAAAGAGCUGCCACCAAUACCAUUCAAAAACAAAGACUCACCCAGUGCCUUUUACAAAUUAUGGAUUCUUUUACGGAGGACAACAAGAAACUUCUCCAGAGAUAAGAUGGGCAUCAUCAUGCGUCUUCUCCAGAAUCUGUUAUUUGGCUUGUUUGUAGCAUUCUUCCUUCUUCGACUAAGGGAUGACCUGGUAAAAGGAGCUGUGCAGGACCGUGUGGGGCUUGUCUACCAGUGCGUGAGUGCCCCCCCCUACACAGGGAUGCUCAAUGCUGUUGCCCUUUUCCCACCUUUACGUGCUAUCAGUGACCAAGAAAGUAAAGAUGGCUUGUAUAAGAAGUGGCAAAUGCUUUUAGCUUAUAUAGUACAUUUCCUGCCCUUCAGUGUCAUCAGCGUGGCAAUUUUCAGCACCUUUAUAUACUGGACUGCAGGGUUGUAUCCUGAUGCUUCCAGAUUUGGAAUUUUCUUUGCUGUUGUCUUAGCGUCUCAUAUAACUGGUGAACUACUAACACUUGUUAUACUUGGAGUGGUUCAAAACCCAAAUUUAGUUCAAAGCGGAGUCGUGCUACUUAAUUCAGCAGGUGUGAUAGUGGGAACGGGACUAGUAAGGACCAUCGAAGAAAUGCCGACACCUUUUAAAAUACUCAGUUAUCUUACCUUUCAAAAAUACACCAGUGAGAUUCUUAUAGUCAAUGAAUUUUAUGGCUUAAACUUCACAUGUGGUGGAGCCAACAGUUCCACUGCAAUUAAUGCUGCGUGUAUUUUCUCCCAUGGUGUUCAGUUUAUUGAACAAAACUUUCCUGGUGCCUUGUCCCGGUUCACAAUCGAUUUCUUAAUACUCUAUGCUUUUCUACCAGGACUUGCCAUUAUAGCAAUUCUGAGCUUCAAAAUAAGAGAGAGAAUUAUUGGCAGGCAAUAA